AUGGAGUUGAGGAUCCUGGUGGUGGGGUCCAGUGGACCGUCUCAGUUCUCCCUGACCAACUCUAUCCUGGGGCGGGAGGAGUUCUCCAAGGACGUCACCAGCAUCGUCCAGAGCAGGAAGAACCUGGGGGACGUUGCCGGGACGCGUGUUGCUGUGGUCAACGGACCCAACCUCUACGGGAAGCACCUGUCCCGCACCAAGAUGAAGACAGAGAUGAAGAGGUGGCCGUGCAAGUGUCUGUCAGCCCCUGGCCCUCACGCCCUGCUCAUGGCCUUUGACCUGGAGCAGAUCUGCCCCAACGACGUCAAGACGCCCAAGCUGAUGGUGAAGCGUUUCGGUGAAGAUGCACUUUCCCACACCAUAGUCCUCCUGGCCUACGAGGGGGACGUAGACAUUCUGGCCCUGGAGAACCGGGUCAGCACCGACUGGCACAUCCGGGAGCUCAUAGAGCAGUGCGGCGGGCGCUACCACGUCUUCAACAAGAACUGGAGGGACCGUUCUCGAGACAAGGAGCUCCUCCAGAAGAUUGAACGGAUGCUGGCAACCCUGGACGGGCAGCACUACACCAGCCGCUCUUAUGGGCAAGCGGAGGAGAGCGUGAGGAAGGAAGAGAGGAAGCUGCUGAAGAAGAGGGCGGCGGAGACGGAGGAGGCGUGGAGGGAGCUGGAGCAGCAGUACCGGGGGGAGGCGCUGCGCUGGCAGAUGGACGCCUACAACAACAGCGUGGGAGCAGAGAUCAGGGCUAAAGCCGAGAUGGACAACGGAUGGUUGAGGACGUCGCUCGCCGUAGGGGCGGGGUUGGGGCUGGCCGCGGGGGCCGCCAUGGGGAUGGCGAUGGGGGCGGUGGCGGGAGCGACGGGGAUGACGGUGGGAGGGGCUUUCGGAGGGUUGAUGGGCGGGUCGGCGGGUGGGACGGCCCAGGUAGCGAUAGAACACCUGGAGGACAGAGUGGGACCACACGCUACUAACUUCAACACGGUUUUCAUCAACCGCUUCUUCAGACCACCACGUUCAUGA